CAAAUAUCUGGGGAAAAGGGUCACAAAAUUCCGAUUCACAUGAAAUUCGACCAAAAAAUACCACGAGCUUUACAGAUAAUAAAAACCAUUGUUCACUUGCGCAAAAAUCCGUAUCCACUAUUUUAUUGUCAAAAUUUACACAUCCGAACCUUGAAAAAACGAGAGACAAAUUAUCCAACGGUCAAGACUGAAUGAUCUUCUCGAUCUAGAGGAUAAUAUCCCGACCAAUAGAAAACAGUAUGACAGAAAACCUCAAACCAAACACACCAAACUGGCUGAGGGACAAGAACUUGAAAUAAAAAGAAGGAAGCAAAACCAGAAUCUGGUUUGUGGCUCUCCUCUGUCCAUCGAAGCCCAAAAUCUCCUACACAACCUCUUCCACAUCCAAACCUCGACAAAGCCCAUCACACGAAACACAAACAUAAACACCAUCUCUGCGGUUGACCACCAGAGAGAGAGAGAGAGAGAGAGAGAGAGAGAGAGAGAGAGAGAGAGAGAGAGAGAAAGAGAGAGAGAUCAGGGUACCAUCAUCUCAUACGUGAAUUGGGUUAAGAGGCAAAAGGAAGUUUUCAAUGGCUACUUCAGUUUCAGCAAGUGGGUGCAGAGGAGGUUUACUCGGGACUUCCUUCCAUGGAGGAUGGGGAAGCUUCAUGGCCGGUGAAGAUUACCAUAGCACGGUGGCCAAGGCAACGGGGCGGAGCCAGGUUAGGGUUUCACGUAAGGUCGUGAGGGCACAGCCCACGAUGAAGAAUGUCAACGAGGGCAAAGGUCUGUUUGCGCCUCUCGUUGUUGUGACACGGAACAUCAUCGGGAAGAAGAGGUUCAAUCAAUUCCGAGGAAAGGCCAUUGCCUUACAUUCUCAGGUCAUUAACGAAUUCUGCAAAUCAAUAGGAGCAGACGGAAAACAGAGACAAGGGCUGAUUCGUCUCGCCAAGAAGAACGGAGAGAGGCUCGGGUUCCUCGCGUGAAUACAUCUGCCUGAGAACAUUACCUUGUAGAAAAAAUCCGUGUGAGUGUCUGCAACACUUCAGGACGGUGAGCUUCUAUUCUUGAAAGGCUCAUCUGGAUGUGUGCAUGAUCCAACCACCUGCCAUUCUCUACAAUAUAUCUGUCCAAAUCUAUAUUUCUAGUUGUACAAUUUCACUCAAGCAUACUGAAACAAUAAACAAAGAAAAAACUGCCUUUGUGAUA